AAAAAAAAAUUACAAAAAUAAUAACAACAAGAAGCAAAAAACACCAAGGCUAUAAAUUAAAGCAAGCAAAGUCCCCGGGGGAAGCUGGAAGAAGUUUGCAAUUGAUUUACAAAAGACUGUUUGCAAAGGUGGGGAGUGAAGUGGAGCUUCUUUGCUUUCUCCAGAGCUGCUGCUGCUGCUGGUACUGCUGGUUAAUUGUACAUUCAAGUGGAAAAUUUUCCGGAGUCAGCAGAAACAUUGUAUCCAAAAAAGACAAAGUCGCAGUUCCAACAAAACGAGGAGAUUGUCCCUGGAAAACUUCCUUUCGGUUUCUUCUCUUAAAGCUUCCAGGCUUAGGCUUGGAAAAACCAGCCAUCACCAUUGAGCCCAGCAGCUGGAGCGGCAGCGAGAGCCCUGCCGAGGACAUUGAAAGAAUGAGUGAUUCUGCAGAUAAACCAAUUGACAAUGAUGCAGAAGGUGUCUGGAGCCCAGAUAUUGAACAGAGCUUUCAGGAGGCUCUAGCUAUAUAUCCCCCUUGUGGGAGGAGGAAAAUCAUCUUAUCCGAUGAAGGGAAAAUGUAUGGUAGGAAUGAACUGAUAGCCAGAUACAUCAAACUUAGAACAGGAAAGACACGGACCAGGAAACAGGUGUCUAGUCACAUACAGGUCUUAGCCAGGAAGAAAGUUCGAGAAAUUCAAGCCGCCAUUAAGGUGACAAGCAUGGAUCAGACUGCAAAGGACAAAGCGCUCCAGCACAUGGCAGCCAUGUCAUCCGCUCAAAUAGUAUCUGCAACAGCGAUUCACAAUAAGUUGGGCCUGCCAGGAAUUCCCCGUCCUACAUUUCCUGGAGCACCUGGAUUUUGGCCAGGAAUGAUACAAACAGGGCAGCCGGGAUCUUCACAAGACAUAAAGCCAUUUGUUCAGCAGGCCUAUCCCAUACAGCAAACAGUUGCAACCCCUAUUUCAGGGUUUGAACCUGCAUCAGCUCCGACACCUUCAGUCCCUGCUUGGCAAGGUCGAUCUAUUGGAACAACUAAACUCAGACUGGUGGAAUUCUCAGCUUUUCUUGAACAACAGAGAGACCCAGAAUCGUACAACAAACAUCUCUUUGUGCACAUUGGACAUGCCAACCAUUCUUAUAGCGAUCCAUUGCUGGAAUCGGUGGAUAUUCGUCAAAUUUAUGAUAAAUUUCCUGAGAAGAAGGGUGGUUUGAAGGAAUUGUUUGGGAAAGGGCCCCAGAAUGCCUUCUUCCUAGUAAAAUUUUGGGUAAGGUGA